UGCGGAUACACCGAUGCAAGACGAAGGCGCCCAGAUCCGUGUCAAGUUUGUGACCAAGAACCCGGAGAUCCGCGUGACGGAGACGCCGUUCGCGGUGCCCAUCAAGCUCGCGCGCGCCGGCCUCUCGCAGGUCGUCAACCACCUCCUCAACACGGCCGAGCCCAAGCCGUUUGACUUUCUCAUUGACGACAACUUUCUGCGCACGUCGCUCGAAAAGUACGUGGUGCAGCACAACCUGAACGACGAAGCCGUGCUCGAGCUCGAGUACGUCGAGGCGCACCUCGAGCCCGAGGCCAAGUCGAGCCAGAACCACCCGGACUGGAUCAGCGCCGUGGCCACGAGCGGCGCCUUUGUCGUCACCGGUUGCUACGACGGCGUGCUCCGCGUCUUUACGCUGGCGGGCGCCCCGGUCGCUCAGGCCAAAGCGCAUGACAGCGUGAUCAAGACGGUGGCGAUGCACGGCGACCUCAUUGUCACGGGCAGCAAGGACCAGACGCUCAAGACGUGGAAGCUCUCGGGCAAGACGCUCACGGCAAUCAGCGUUGGCGCCGGCCACCUCAACAGUGUGGACACGGUCGCGAUUGACGCCGAAGCUGAAUUCGUGCUCUCCGGGUCGUGGGACAACACGGUGCGUGUGUGGUCGGCGACGGCGGAAGCGGCCGAGACGGACAAGAGCACGAAGAAGCAGAAGACGACCAAGGGCACCAAGACGAGCCUAGUGACGGCCGAGGCGACGCUCGUGCUGCCGGGCCACACGGCGAGCGUCGUCGCCGUCGCGUUCCACCCGACAGAGUCCCACUCGGCGUACUCGGCGGCCAUGGACCGUUCGAUCAAGCUCUGGGAUCUCUCGCUCCAAAUGUGCAAGCAGACGAUGUCGGGCUCGAGUACCAUCUCGGACAUGAGCGUCAACAAGGAUGGCAUGGUCCUGACGGCGCACCCGGAUACCGCGAUCCGACUCUGGGACCCGCGCGCGGCCAAGGCAGGCACGACGCUCGUCCAGAAGACGUUCCAGUCCCACAAGAUGUGGGUCAGCGCGGUCGAGUGGGCGUCCGAGACGCAGUUUGUGUCGUCCGGCUACGACGGCACCGUCAAGGUCUGGGAUGCGCGCAGCUCGAUUCCUCUCUUCACGCUCGCCGCCCACACGGGCAAGGCCCUCGACGUGGCGUGGAUCGCGGCCGACAAGCCGGCGUUCGUGAGCGGUGGCGAAGACUGCCAACUCAAGUUCUAUGGCACUGCCCCGUAAUCGACGCUUGCGAUCCAUUAACAAUCCUCCUACCAUUUAAAUACACUACAUGCUGCACG